UCAUAUAUAGUUAAAUUGUCUGUAAACAUGUUAACAUCUAAGCUUGAAGUGUUAGUUGAUUUUGGUCCGAAAUUGGAUCAAAAUGUACUUGAUAAAACAUUAAAAAUGUUGAAAUCUCAAGAUGGAGUACAAGAGGCAAUAUUUAAAGAUGGUGCAAUAAUGUUGGAAACUACGUUACCUAGUACUCAAGUAUUGGAGAUGGUGACACUGACGUCAGGAAAAAGGGCUGUUUUACAAGGAUUUGGAGAUACCCAAUCAGCAGUCUCAAUGGUAUCAAGUCAAUCUUGUUGUGGUGGUGAAGUGUUAGGUGUGGUUCGGUUCCAACAGACACCGGAUGGUUUUUUGAUAGCGGAUGGGUGUUUGGAUGGAUUAACACCGGGUUCCCAUGGGUUACAUAUCCAUGAAGUAGGAGAUAUAAGCCAGGGUUGUAAAUCAAUUGGCGGGCAUUACAACCCUUUGAAUGCUGUCCACGGAGCGCCCGCGGACCCGGGGCACGCGCGACACGCGGGGGACUUGGGGAAUAUCGUCGCUGAUGACACUGGAAGGGCCACCUUCAGAAUAGUUGAUAAUAUCCUCAAGGUAUGGGAUAUAAUAGGCAGAUCGGUAGCGGUUACUGAACGUAGAGACGACUUGGGUCGAGGGUCGUCUCCUGAAUCAAGAGUAAAUGGUGAUAGCGGUAAUCCUGUCGCUUGUGGUAUAAUCGCCCGGUCAGCUGGGGUGUUCCAAAAUCCCAAACGUAUCUGUGCGUGUGACGGAGUUGUCGUUUGGGAUGAAAAAGAUCGUCCUCUAGCAGGGAAGGGGAGGAGAGAGGAUACAGAGAAGAGAUGUUGCAAGACGGAAAAUGUUAAACCUUGUUGUAGAGUGUAAAAGUUUUUUUGUUAAAUAAAUUGUAUAUGGAAUCUUUUA